AUAAAUUGGCACCCUCAUAAAGGUAAGCCAAGAAGGUUAUCCUCAGUCAAUUCAGUAUUUCAUUAUUUUUCGUAUUUCUGUCAUAUUUUUUAAUGUGAGUGUGGGCUGUUCUGUGACUAUUAUCAGAAAUAUCAGUGCACAAAAGCCAGGAUGCAUUUGGAAGCUAGAAGAGUUAUUUUUUUCCUUUGGAUUUUUCUUCAAGUUCAAGCAAUCAAAGAUCUCUCCAUUAAAAUACACGGUUCUGAAAUUAAAGACAUAGAUAAUGCCCCAAGAACUGAAGCAACCAAAAAUACCGCAAAAACAUACAAAGUGUCAACCAUGAGACGAAUAUUCGAUUUGGCAAAGCAUCGAACCAAAAGAUCAGCAUUUUUCCCAACUGGGGUUAAAGUCUGUCCACAGGAAUCCAUGGAACAGAUUUUAGCCAGUCUUCAAGCUUAUUAUAGAUUGAGAGUGUGCCAGGAGGUGGUGUGGGAAGCCUACCGGAUCUUUCUGGAUCGCCUCCCUGAGCCGGGGGAAUACCAGGACUGGGUCAGCAUCUGCCAGCAGGAGACCUUCUGCCUCUUCGACAUCGGGAAAAAUUUCAGCAGCUCCCAGGAGCACCUGGAUCUUCUUCAGCAGAGAAUGAAACAGAGAAACUUUCUUGAGAGAAAAGAUGAAGUAGUCACAACAGAGACCUUAGGAGAGCUUGCUCAAACCCCUGUGUCUUCAAGAGACGUGGCCAGUGUCUCACCCAGGCCCUUGCCUCUCCCUACCGAUGACACACUACUCAACGAAAUCCUCAACUACACCCUCCCGGACACCAAAGUGCCUACGAGAGAAAGAAAAAUAGAAUUCACCGAUGCUGCUGAGGAUUCACUGGAGCAAAAAGUAGAGCUAAGCAUCUCUCUGGCAAACCAGAAGUUCAAGCCAGAGCUGGAUAACUCCCGGUCCCCGUAUUACCAGGAGGUCGCAACCAAGUCUCAGCUUCAGAUGCAAAAGAUAUUUAAGAAACUUCCAGGAUUCAAAGAGAUCCAUGUGUCAGGAUUUAGACCAAAGAAAGAAAGAGAUGGGACAAGCUCCACAGAGAUGCAACUUACAGCCAUCUUUAAGAAAGGCAAGGCAGAAGCAAAAAGCCCUGCCAGUGACCCUCCGUCAUUUGAUUCCAACAAAAUUGAAAGUGAAGGAGACCCUCGUGGAACGAUGGAGGAAGAGAAGCAAAGAGAACUCUAUCCCACAGCGUCAGAGCUCAGGAAGCUGAUCAGCAGAGCCCUGGAGGAAGACCAAUCCUUGGAUGUGGGGACAAUUCAGUUCACUGACGAAAUGGUUGGGUCAUUGCCAAGCCUGGAUCCUGACACCCAGUUGGUGCUGCCCACUCUCCUCACUGUUAUCACAAAGGAUGCUACUCUGAGUCCAGAACUUCCUCUUGGUCAACCCAGGCAGGAGGCAGUGGACAGAGCAGGACACAGUCUGCCUGGAGCUUCGCCCACGGAUGGUUCUUGGGCUCCACCUGCUGUGACCUCUACCUCCCUAUCAGAAACUCUACCUUUUUUUACUGCAUCAAGCGUCUUUUCUCAGACUGAUCAAAGUGCCACAGACAUAAUGUCCAUUGACCAGACAGUACUAAUCCCACGGCUUACUGUCCCCACUGAUGAUUAUUCUGCCAUCAGCCCAUUGGUUCCGGAAAUUUCACACUUGCCUACAUCUUCAGAAGACCGGUUGAGUACCAGCAGCCAAGAUACAAUGGAAGACUUAGAUGGAAUGGAUCUCACUAACACUCCUACCUCCUCUGAGGUCCCAGGAUUCAGUGGGUAUGUUUCCAGCCCAGAUUAUUUCCUGGAGAACAUCACUCCUGACCCAGGUUUGCACUACAUCACCACCAGCACCAUGACCGUUGCUGCCAGGGGCCGAGAGUUGGUGGUGUUCUUCAGUUUGCGUGUAGCCAACAUGCCCUUCUCCACUGACCUGUUUAACAAGAGUUCGCUUGAAUAUCAAGCUCUGGAGCAGCGAUUCACAGAACUGCUGGUCCCAUAUCUGCGAUCCAAUCUUACGGGUUUUAAGCAACUUGAGAUACUUAACUUCAGAAAUGGGAGCGUGAUUGUGAAUAGCAAAGUGAGGUUUGCUAAAUCAGUGCCAUAUAACCUCACCAAGGCGGUGCGAGGUGUCUUGGAGGAUUUUCGUUCCACAGCAGCCCAACAACUUGAUCUGGAAAUAGAUAGCUACUCUCUCGACGUUGAAGCAGCGGAUCAAGCAGAUCCCUGCAAAUUCCUGGCCUGCGGCGAAUUCGCUCAGUGUGUGAGGAAUGAGUGGACCGAGGAAGCUGAGUGUCGCUGUCGAUCGGGGGACCCAGGCCCCUGUGCUCCCAUAGAAGACUGUGAAGACAUCCCGGGGAAGGGAACACCAUGCAGAUCACUAGACCAAUCUAAAAAUCGAGUGUAUGAACCUGGUGUUAAAAAGUUCCAACGUCAGCAAGAUAACAAGGUAACUAUGAAAAGAAAUUUGAAUUACUGACUAUAGGAUAUGAAGAAUUUAACUAUCAAGAUUGGGAAGGAAAUUAAAAACUGGAAGUAUACAAAUUAUCAUUUAAUCUAUCUCAAGAGAAAUGACUUGCUUUCUCAAGGAAAACUGGAUUCACUCUCUCAAAAUUCUGAAAACCUAGGCAGGCAUAUCCACUGGUCAUCAAAAUCCAGGCAUGUAGUCAACACUAAGAACCAGAAAAACAUCACAUUUCAAAUAGAGAAGACUUAUAUACUUGAAGACCAAUAAAUUCUGAAGAAAAAGAAGCUUAUUAUCAAAACCCAAAACACAAUCAGUGAAACAUAUUAAAUAUUUUGGUGUUUAAUAUUAAAUAUUAAAUAUUUCUCAGUGUUUCAGUCAAGGUGAUAGCAGACCAGGUUUUUGUCCAGCCGCCCUUAAAAUAUUGCUCACAGACCAUCUACAAGUGCAACUUAUUAUUUGGGGGCAGGGGGGUGGGAUUGACCAUAUACCGGGGAAUAGAGCUCUUCACGUGUUAGGAUGAAGGAGGUUCAGAAUGAAUGCAUAUGGGACUUGAACUGCGGUGAGUACACAGAUGCUCCACACUUCAGUGUCCGUAACUCACACACCUCUUCGGUCCUUAGGCACACUAGUCGUAUAAGAAAUUGCUGCUUACACAGUAGAUAAUUUUGCUGCCAAUAAUUCCUAGGCUGUUCCUUUGAAGAACUGGGAUAUAUAUACCAUGGAAAAAAUCUUACUUUUCUUAUAACUGCAUAGACAUAUUUUAAAGGGAGAUAUUAUAUUGGGGGGAAAAAGUGAGGUUGUACUUUGUGACAUAACCAAUUCCUCUCUCCCAGCAUGGAUGAACUUCACUGGGUAAUCCUUGACACCAACUGUGGCGUGUGCAUAGGUAGACUGGCGUCAAGGUACUCCAGUUCAGCCAGUUUGUAAGGUGCAUUUAAUGAAAAGUGAAUUCCUCCAUCUCUCUCUCAAAUGUUCAGCUAUCAAUUAUACUGGAUGCAAAACUUUAAUUUCAAUAAAAUGUGAUAUGUACUAUA